AUGAGUUCUUCAUUGUUACCAAUUACAAGUGAACCUCGUAAGCGUCUUAUCAUAAAAAUUUCGUAUCCUCAAAAGCGUGUUAACGAUGAUUCUUUCAACGAUGAUCACUCUCAAAAGAGGAGAAGGAUUAAUGAACAUUAUGGAAAGCCAAUUGUUUCAUGUUAUUGGCUUGAUUCAACCAUAAGUUUGUCUGAACAUAAGAAGAAUAACAACCUUGUUGCUCAUACAACCGACCAAAAGUCGUUUGGUGAAGAAAACUCAAAGGUUUCUUCCAAAGAUCACCCUUCUGGAACUGAAAAUUAUGGCUUAAAGAAGAAGAACGGUGGCAUUGCACAGUUGAUGAAGAAAGAGAAGAAGAAACCAAUGGAGGAUUACAAGAGAAUGCAAUGUUGGGUGAUUUUAAAAAGGAUGAUAGAAGGAAGAGAUGGUUGGGCUCUAAAACACCCUCUUGAUCCAAAGUAUUUGAAUUGUUUAGAGAAGAUUAAUGAUUCAAAAGUGAAGCCAAGUUGUUUGAAGGAUAUUGAGGCAAAGUUGAAAUCAUAUUCAACGCCGAAUGAAUUUGCUGAAGAUAUGAGGUAUGUGUUUUCUCAUGGAAUGCUUUACCCUCCAAGUGAUGAUGUUUACAAAAUUGCAAAGAGAUUUAGUGAUAUUUUUGAGAACAAGUGGAAAACUUUGAAGAUGGAAUGGGUAUUUGAGGAUAGAAGAAGACUCAACAAGAAUAUUCAUAAGAGGCUGAAGGUGCAAACCAAAAGAAAUAGAUAA